AUGUUAAUGGCUUCCAAAACCAGAAAUCCUAUUCUCCUUCGUUUGUGCUUUAUGAUUUCUUUAAUUUCGUCGUGUCUCUUCACUGCAUCUAUCGCCCAUGUAAAGGGAUGUCCCUUUGAUUCGAUAUACACCUUCGGAGAUGGCGGUGCUUCGACUUCUGGUUCUGGUGAUCUACACAUGGUUGAUCACCUGGUUUCUGCUUUCCAUCUCCCUUCUCCUAAACUAUAUUCAAUGGAGGAUGGAAAGUACCUUAGUUACGGUGCAAACUUUGCAGCACCUGGAGCCUUUGUAAUGAGUCCAAGAUUCUUCGUCGAAAGAGCUAUUCAACCGCCAGCUUUUCAACAUUCGUUAGGCGCUCAAGUUGAAUCCUUCAAGAAGCUUCUCGAUUCCAGAUGCUCCGCUGAUCAUGGGUGCGCCAAAAGGCUUUCCAGGGCUCUUUUCUUCGUGGAUCGGAUUGGAAUCAACGACUACAAUCAUGCAUUCUUGGAAGGCAAAUCUAUAGAGGAGGUUUCCAGAUAUGUACCACUUGUUUCUGAAACCAUCAAGGACACUCUAAGGCAACUCAUAAACGGUGGUGCAACUAAUCUUUUCGUAUCGGGAAGUCUACCAGUAGGGUGUUUUCCGGGCUACCUCACGCUAUUUCGUAGUGAAGAUCGAAUGCAUUAUGACGCUCACAAGUGCCGUAUAGGGCUCAACACCUUUGCAACACUCCAUAAUGAUCAUCUUAGGCAAGCACUUUUUGAGCUGAGAAGGGAAUUUCCUCAUGUUCAGAUCGUCUACCUCGACUACUUCAAGGCUUUCAUGGCUAUAUUGCGCAAUCAUCAUAUUUUGGGAUUCAAGAAAAAUUAUUUGAUGAAUGCUUGCUGUGGAACGGGGGCUCCAUAUAAUUUUAAUCCUUCGAAGAUGUGUGGAGAUCAAGGUGUUAGAGUUUGCUCAGACCCGGCAUCGUACUUACACUGGGACGGAUUUCAUAUGACACAAGAGGCAUCAAGGAACGUCGUCGAUACACUCCUGAGUAGAAGGGGCUUCAUCUAUCCUGAAUUCAAAUCUCCAGCAGUGAUGCAUUGCGUAAUGUAG